CUUGUACGACUAGUUUGCGUUGAAGGCACCAGACAGACGGACGUCCCCUGAAGCGCAGCAAUCAUGGACGCAGGCAGAUUGACCCAAAGGCUGGCGGAGUCCGGUCAGUCUCACCUGCUGCGAUUCUGGCCCGAGCUGAGCGCCAAGGAGCAGGCCGAGCUGGCCCGGGACCUGGAGGGCAUGGAGCUCGCAGAGAUAAACAGCUUCUUCAGCAGAGCCAUGGAGACGUCAGGGCGUGGCCAGAGGCAGAGCGUGGAUGCCAGGAUGGAGCCGGUGCCCGCAGAGGCAAUGGGCAGUACUGCCCGAGACCACAAGAGCCUUGCGACCUGGGAAGAGGAGGGCCUCCGGCACAUCUCCCAGAGCAGUGUGGCCGUUCUCUUGCUGGCUGGUGGUCAAGGCACCAGGCUUGGGGUCUCAUACCCCAAAGGCAUGUAUAAUGUCGGACUGCCAUCCCACAAGUCCCUCUUCCAGCUCCAGGCAGAGCGGAUUCUGAAGAUGGAGCAUCUUGCUGGGCAGAAGCACGGAACCAUGUGCUGCAUCCCCUGGUACAUCAUGACCAGUGGGCGGACCAUGGAUGCCACCAAAGAGUUCUUCUCUCAGCACAAAUUCUUUGGCCUGAGCGAGGAAAACGUGGUCUUCUUUCAACAAGGCAUGCUACCAGCCAUGGACUAUAGUGGGAAGAUCAUUCUGGAAGCCAAAGGAAAAAUAUCCAUGUCUCCGGACGGGAACGGGGGCCUCUACAGGGCCCUGGGAACCCAGAAGAUCCUGGAGGACAUGGAGAAGCGGGGCAUCAAGUUCAUCCAUGUGUACUGCGUGGACAACAUCUUGGUGAAGGUGGCUGACCCUGCAUUCAUUGGCUUCUGCGUGCUGAAGGAAGGAGACUGUGGGGCCAAGGUCGUGGAGAGGACCCACCCCGCCGAGCCGGUAGGCGUGGUCUGCAAGGUGGACGGGCACUAUCAGGUGGUGGAGUACAGUGAGAUCACCCAAGCAACAGCAGAGAGACGCGGCACAGACGGGCGGCUGGUGUUCAGCGCAGGGAACAUCGCCAACCACUUCUUCACGCUGGCCUUCCUUAAGGACAUUGUGAACAUUCAUGAACCACAGCUGCAGCACCACAUAGCCCAGAAAAAGAUCCCAUUUGUGGAUGAGCAAGGGCAGCUAAUCGGACCAGACAAACCGAAUGGGAUAAAAAUGGAAAAAUUUGUCUUUGACAUCUUCCAGUUUGCCAAGACUUUCUUGGUGUUUGAGGUUGUGAGGGAGGAUGAAUUCUCGCCCCUGAAGAAUGCUGACAGUCAGGGUGGGAAGGACAACCCCUUCACCACCCGCCAUGCCCUCAUGUCCUUGCACCAGCGCUGGGUCCUCAACGCCGGCGGGAAGUUUGUUGUCAAGAGUGGCAUCCAGCUCUUAGAUGCCACCAGGAGCCUGAAUGGUGCAACCAAUCAGCCAAUUGAAUGUGAGAUCUCUCCACUUGUGUCAUAUGGAGGAGAGGGCUUGGAUGCAAUGGUGCAAGGCCAAGAGUUUUGCCCUCCAUUGGUCAUUGAUGAAAAAGGGGUUCACGGGCCACCGAAAAACAGAGUGUGAAUGCGAAGACAAUGAUGGAGAACUGAACAAACCCUUUAUAUGUACUUUUUAACCCUUUGCCAAAAAAGAUAGAUUGAAGAUUGAAGGAAAGCAGCUAUGUCAAAUAAUUUAUUUUGCUGAGACUUAUUUUUAUAUGUGGCGUUGGCUGAAGUAGACAGUUCACUUCUACACUUGAAAAUGGGCUUGCAGUAAUGGAAUGGUGAUUUUAUUUAAAUGAGAGCCUAAUCACUCACAUAUUUAAUUUACAUUGGAAUGAUUUACAGCACCGAGUCAGCAUGGUCUGUACUUCUUUGUUUCUAAUUUGAAAAUCUUUACUUUCGGUAGUGACAAAGUGGUCUUUGAUUAAACAGAACGGUCACUCUUCCUAGUGAACUUGUUUUAUUUGUUGCAAGAUCCAGGCCUCUUGAAUCAG